GGGGAAGAAGGUUUUAAAUAUGGCGGAUACAAUGAUCGCUGCUACGUUGCGAAGCUCGGACGCUCCGCAGUUUUCGCGUCGGUAAACGCGUCGCCGGCAAUCUUUGCCGCAUGUUUUCGACUCCCAAGUCGGCCCGGGCGUCAGCCGACUCGAGUUUUGGCCUUUAAACUGCGCCGGGAAGAAAGUGGGAGCGGUGCGGACAUCGCGGAAGUUCCUUCCACCACCCAUGAUGGCAUCGGUCGGCGAGCGGAGGCCAUUUUGGCCGAGGUCGAGGCGUUAGGCCUAGCGCGCCUCGUCGUCGUCGUUGCUUCCGAAGUCGUGCACCUUUGACCCGCUCCCCCGGAAGAAGUGUACGCCUGUGAUUUUUUUUAUUUUCUUUUUCUUGACAUCGGAAGAGGACUGCAAAAAACUUCGUUUUCUUCGGAUUGUGCCUACCCCCCGGACUUUGCAUUCGUUGCACCGAUCAACGUGCUAGGACUUGCGACACCACGUCGAUUCUUCGGGAGCCGAAUCGGCUGCGCACACGAUCGAAGGGUAGCCCGACCCGCCGGGCUCUCCUGCCAUGGAGAACUCGGACGCCGGCAGCAACAGCUCGGCCGCGUCCGGAGACAGCGACUCGGAUUUUGGAUCGGCUUCAGAGUCUAGCCGCAGCCGCAAGUCCGGCUCCGCCUCGCCACGGCUGGACUCGAGCAACCAGACGGCCAAGACUGGCGAGGAGGAGGAAGAGGAGGAGGAGGGGGAGGAGGAGGACAACCACGAGGAGAACAACAAUGACGACGCCAACAGCGGGUCCGCGAAAAGCGACCGCGGCUCGAGCUCUGAAAGCGAAGACGCAGAGUCGGACAGCGACGCUGCGGAGAGGGUUCGGUCGGCCAACCAGAGAAGGACCUCGGAGAGUGCCGGUUCGCACCAGGACGACAGCUCGAGGGAUGCGAGGAGGAGGGGGGGCAAGGGAGGGGGAAAGGGAGGCCUGAAGCAGGUGUGGGAGGAGAACCCGGACAUGUACGGGGUGCGGCGUUCCGGUCGCUGCCGCAAGGAGCCCGAGCGAUACACGGUCGACGAAUCUGAAGGCAGCGACAGCCGGAAAGGUCCAAGAUCUGGCGCUCGUUCACGGAAGGCUUCGGGCGACUGGCGGUCAAGCGGGAACAGCGACGAAAGCGACAGCGAAGCUGGCGGCAGAGCUCGUAAGGUUCCCCCCAAGAGGCCUCCCCCGCGGAGGGCGCCGGCAACCCAGCAGAGACGUGCCGCCGCCGCCGCCUCCAGCAACCGCGUGCGCUACCACAGUUCCGAGAGCUCCAACGAAGCGUCGUCGGACGACGACGACAGUGACGAUGACGAAAGCAAGCGCCAGGCGUCGCGGAGAGGUGGCAAGGCUGUCAGCUACAAGGAGCAGAGCGCGGAGGAGACCGGGUCGGACGACAUCGUGGAAAUCGAGUACGACGAACAGGCAGUCGCCGUUGAGUCUCCAAAUGCAGAGACGGUGGAGAGGGUCAUCGACCACAGGAGAGGGAAGAAGGGAGCGACCGGUGCCUCCACGACGGUGUACGCGGUGGAGGACUACGGCGACCCCAACACCCCGGACACCCCCGACGAAGAGCGGGAGACACAGUACCUGAUCAAGUGGAAGGGCUGGUCCCACCUGCACAACACCUGGGAGACCCUGCAGACCCUCCAGGACCAGAAGGUGAAGGGCAUGAAGAAGCUGGACAACUACAUCAAGCGGGAGGACGAACUUCGCCUAUGGCGAGAUCACGCCUCCCCCGAGGACAUAGAGUACUUUGAGUGCCAGCAGGAAAUGUCCGAAGAGCUGCAGGGGAAGCACAUGGAUGUGGAGAGGAUUAUUUCGCAUGCUCCAGCCAAGAGUGGAGAGGCGGAGCAGAUGGACUACCUGUGCAAGUGGGACGGUCUCCCGUACUCCGACUGCACCUGGGAGGACGGGAACCUGAUGAAGCGCAAGUUUCCCCGGGUGAUCCGGGAGUACCAUGCCCGCCAGAAGUCCCAAAAGAUCCCCAGUAAGGUGUGCAAGGUGCUGAAGGUGCGCCCCAAGUUUGUUCCCCUCAAGACGCAGCCAUCGUACAUUGGCGGGGAGCAGAAGCUGGAGCUACGAGACUACCAGCUGGAGGGCCUCAACUGGCUGGCCAGCUCCUGGUGCAAGGAGAACGGGGUGAUCCUUGCGGACGAGAUGGGUCUGGGCAAGACCAUCCAGACCAUCAGCUUCUUGACAUACCUGUUCAACCAGCACGCCCUGUUUGGUCCCUUCCUGCUGGUGGUGCCCCUGUCCACCAUGACCUCUUGGCAGAAGGAGUUCACCCAGUGGUCCCCCGAGAUGAACGUCGUUGUCUACCUCGGAGACGUCAGCUCGCGCACCAUGAUUCGAGAACAUGAAUGGUGCCACCCUGGGAACAAGAGGCUCAAGUUCAAUGCCCUCCUCACCACGUAUGAGAUACUGCUCAAGGACAAGAGCUUCCUGGGGGCCGUGAACUGGGCGGUGCUGGGUGUGGACGAGGCACACAGGCUGAAGAACGACGACUCGUUGCUGUACAAGUCGCUGUUUGAGUUUGACACCAACCACCGACUGCUGAUCACGGGCACACCCCUGCAGAACUCCCUCAAGGAGCUGUGGGCCCUGCUCCACUUCAUCAUGCCCAACAAGUUCGACUCGUGGGAGGAGUUUGAGGCGGAGCACAAGGAGAGCGCGGACAAGGGCUACACGAAGCUGCACAAGCAGCUGGAGCCCUUCCUGCUGCGCAGGGUCAAAAAGGACGUGGAGAAGUCCCUGCCGGCCAAGGUGGAGCGCAUCCUCCGGGUCGAGAUGACCUCCAUCCAGAAGCAGUACUACAAGUGGAUCCUGACCAAGAACUACAAGGCCCUGUCCAAGGGGGUAAAGGGUUCCUCCUCGGGCUUCAUCAACAUCAUGAUGGAGCUGAAGAAGUGCUGCAACCACGCGGUCCUCAUACGGCCCCCCGAACAGCCCGCCGUCAACAACGUCGACGCCCUACAGCAAAUCAUCCGGGGCAGCGGCAAGCUGCUGCUACUGGACAAGCUGCUGUGCAGGCUGAAGGAGACCGGCCACCGGGUGUUGGUGUUCUCCCAGAUGGUGCGCAUGCUGGACAUCAUUGCGGACUACCUGCAGCUGCGCCGGUUCCCCUUCCAGCGGCUGGACGGCUCCAUCAAGGGCGAGCUGCGCAGGCAGGCCCUGGACCACUUCAACGCCGACACCUCCCAGGACUUUUGCUUCCUGCUGUCGACCAGGGCGGGCGGCCUCGGCAUCAACCUGGCCACGGCAGACACGGUGGUCAUCUUCGACAGCGACUGGAACCCUCAGAACGACCUCCAGGCGCAGGCCAGGGCCCACCGCAUCGGUCAGAAGAACCAGGUGAACAUAUAUCGCCUGGUGACGAAGAACAGCGUGGAGGAGGACAUUAUUGAGCGGGCCAAGCGGAAGAUGGUGUUGGACCACCUGGUGAUCCAGCGGAUGGACACCACGGGGCGCACCGUGCUCUCCAAGAGCAAUGCUCCGUCCAGCAACACCACGCCGUUCAACAAGGAGGAGUUGGCAGCCAUCCUGAAGUUUGGAGCGGAAGAGUUGUUCAAGGAGACGGAAGAUGGGGAUGAAGAGCCUCAGGUGGACAUAGACGAGAUCCUGCAGAGGGCGGAGACCCGGGAGGAACAGCCAACGACGGUUGGAGACGAACUCCUGGGCUCUUUCAAGGUUGCCAGCUUCAACUUCACGGAAGAGGAGGAGGUGGGGGCGGCGGUGGCCGGUGCGGAGGAAGACUCCUCGUCGCAGAGCAAGGACUGGGACGACAUCAUUCCCGAGGCGGAGCGCAAGAAGGUGGAGGACGAGGAGAGGCUCAAGGAGGAGAUGGAACUCUACCUGCCCCCUCGGAGCAGGAAGUCCUUGCACCAGACGGCGAAUUCUGACAGCGAAGAUGGCGGCCGUUCGGCGCGGAGGCGGGACCGGGACCGGGGCUCAGGAGGCGGGUCGAACGGCUCCGACGACGAGGGACGGCCCCGCAAGAGAGGCCGCCCCAGGGUGAUCCCACGCGACACGGUCAAGGGCUUCACGGACGCCGAGAUCCGUCGCUUCAUCAAGAGCUACCGCAAGUUCGCUGCUCCCGCCAAGAGGCUGGACGCAGUCGCCCUGGACGCGGAACUUCAGGAGAAGCCGCAGGCGGACCUGAAGCGCCUGGCCCACCUGCUCCACUCCGGCUGCGAGCAGGCGAUGAAGGAGAGCCAGGCCGCGCCACUGCCGGGUGGCGCCGACGCCGGGGACAGCAACGCCGGCGGGACCCCGGCCAGACGCCGGCACCAGCGCACGACGUUCAAGCUGUCCGGGGUGUCGGUGAAUGCCAAGUCGGUGCUGAGCAGCUACCAGGAGCUGGCGGUGCUGGACGCGGUGCUGCCGUGCACGGCCGAGGAGAGGCGGCACUGGACGCUCGACCUCGCCACCAAGGACCCCCACUUCGACACACCGUGGGGCGUGGCGGAGGACUCGAGUCUGCUCAGGGGCAUCUAUGAGCACGGCAUGGGCAGCUGGGAGGCGAUCAAGAUGGACGCGGGCCUGGGCCUGACGGACAAGAUCCUUCCAGACGGGGAGCAGCUCAAGCCCCAGACAAAGCACCUGCAGAGCCGGGCGGACUACCUUCUCAAGAUGCUGCGCAAGGUGCACGCGCGACAGGUGGCUCUCCAAGAGGGCAAGGAGAAGCCCAAACGCGGCCGAAAGACACGUCCAGAGAAGGUUCACCUCAGCAAGGCCAUUGUUGACAACGACGACAGUAACGACAGCGACAAUGCCUCGUCGACGAAACUGCCACGCAAACCCAAGGUGAAGGCGGAGGACGAGACUCACCAGAGCAACGCCGCGGCAGUGAUCGACGGAGUCGCCAAGGGAGUCACCCCCGGGGGGCCAAACGUUCCCGAGGCGAAGCCCGGCGCGGAGGGGGGCCCGCCCAAGGCCAAGCGGAAAAAGAAGGACAAGGAGAAGGACAAGGCCAAAGACAAAACCAAGGCCAAGGAUAAGGAGAAAGACAAGGAUAAGGACAAGGAGGAGAAAAAGAAGAAGAAAAAAAAGCACGAGACCCCCACGGAGGGCGGCACUGUGAGCAAGACCAAGGGUGCGAGGAAAGACCUUCCGGCGAUGCACUACACCGCCAACGCCGCCCCGCAGGUGAUAGAACCGACGGGCGACCUCGAUCUCCAGCUGUUCAACGAGUGCAAGGAGAAGAUGCGUCCCGUGAAGCGUGCCUUGAAGCAGCUGGACACCCCGGACUCGUCGCUCAAUGACGACGAGCAGGUGAACCACACGCGGCUCUGCCUGCUCAAGAUCGGCGAACACAUCAACGAAUGCUGCGCCGAGUACACGGACCCCGAAAAGAGCAAGCAGUGGCGUUCGCACCUGUGGUCCUUUGUGGCCAAGUUCACAGAGCUGGACGCCAAGGCCCUUCACCGGCUCUACCGACACGCCCAGAAAAAGAACGAGGGUGGGGACAAGCCGGACAAGUCCAGAGAGUCGGACAAGAGGGACCACGACAAGCGGCCCAAGUUGCACGACGAGGGGAGUCAGCAAGGCAACCAACACGGCGGUUUGCCAAACAGUCAGCACCAGCACGGAAGCCAGCACGGCAGCCAGCACAGCAGCCAACACGGGAGUCAUGGAAGUCAGCACAGCAGCCAGCACGGCAGCCAGCACGGCGGCCAGCAUGGCGGCCAGCACGGCGGCCACGGCGGCCAGCACUUUGGCCAGCACGGAUCCAAGAGGCACGCCGAGGACGACCACGGGCGGCCCAGCAAGAGGCUCCACGAGGACAAGGGCAGGGACAGGAGGAAUGAAAACUCGAGCAACAGUCACGGCAAGGGGAUGAGCGGCGGAGGGUCGUAUCGGGACCGCGGCAGCAGCAACAGCUACCAGAAGGGUUCUUCGUCGGGCAACAGCUACAACAACCCGCCCCACCGGACGUCGUCGUCCAAUGACCACCGCUGGAACCACGAGACGCCCUCUCCCAACUGGGACUACAAGGACAGGUACAACAAUGACUACAACAAGCACGACGCUUACCGACAUUACGGCGGCAGUGGCAGGGGGGACGAGCCGAGGUACAAGAGUGAGAAGGAUCCCAGGACACACCAACCUGAUAGGAGGUACCACGCAGGGACCGGCAGCACAGGCAACUUCUCCUACGGCAUCCCGGCUUCGGUUCCGGGAGGCUAUGGCGGCUACGGCGCUACGGCGAGCGUGCCGUCUGCUGCCAGUUUACAACCUCCGCCACCAGGGGUGUUGGGGGAACACAGUCCUAUGGGGCCCUACAGUCCAUACCAAGGUCACGGCGAUUCGUGGAGGAGGAAAGAACGGAGUAACAGCGGCAGCUAUGGCCGCCCUCCCAGCCACUAUGACAGGCCCUCGGACGCGCCACAAAAGCACGCCUAAAGCGGCUUCACCAAUGAUUGGACACGUUGUGCCAAUCUGUGCCGUCACCUUGUACAGGAGCGUCUCUGACCCACGAUCGAUCUUCUAAGGCACGUGGAUCGUGACUGGCUGCCUCGUGGAAUGCACGUUUGCCAUCACUUGUCGUGAGGUCGAGUGAGCUACUCGUGAUCAGUUCUCAUACUCGUACUGAUCGGAGAUGCGUCGCUCGUGAAAGAAUCGCAUCAGGAGCCCGAUCCCUGCGUCACGGCUUCGGGGAAAGUGUUUCGCUUUCGAAACAGACUUUGAAUCGCAACUUCGCGAAUGGCGUAGUUGUCACUUGGUGAAAACUUUCUGAGGGUGAUUGCCUGUCAAUGAACAGGCUCUCUGGAGUGUAGGUGUGCACUAGAGGUUUUAUGAGGGUACAUUGCUGUCGGAGGUUCAGCACCUGUGAUAUGGUUGCCUGCUAGGUGAAUGCCUUCGGUGAUGAGAUCGGUAUCACUUUUAUGAGAGCGUCCAACUUGUAAAGGAUCUGUGAAGGCAUUUGACGCUCUCACCACAGGUAAUUGUGGUCAGGCCCAAGAAAAGUAGGUAUACAGAAUCGAGUAUCUUGCUAAUAAAAAUUGAAGCUAGUAAAAUUAGUGCCACACCUAAGGAAAGAUUGUGCCACAAAAAAUUUUGUUUCUGAGGAAGCUUCACUAAUGGAAGCAUUUUACUUGCGAGGUAUUUAUGUUUCUUCACCAGUUUAUUGUGCAAAACACUUUCACUGUAUCACUCAUGAAAGAGAUACACUUGCAGAAGAAUCUAGGUUCCGAGACCUUCUCAAAGUCUGAAAUUUCUCUCUUCGUAAUAUGUCGCCUCACAGAAAUGCUCCAUUUUGUUUUGUGUGUGCACCAUGCAAGUAACUGUCGUGAGUUGCAUCAAAGGAACAGACAAACCCCCUAGUCUUUUAACCGGUCUUUGUGGUGUCUGCAUCCAGACAACGGAGACCAAACUGCAGUCUAUUUUAAUGGAGAAAGGCUAUCAAGAAAAGAUGCUAUCUAUUGACCGGUGGCUACGCAGGUGUGAGAACGGCAAGUUACGUUUGUCAGUCCUAGCACCUGUUAGUUGUGAGGGAAAACUGAUCUUGUCUUGGUUGCUUGCUCAUGAGUUGAAACGUGUUUCUGUGUGUCGUUACCAUAACUAUAGUUCUGUAUCGGACUGUCAUGUGCAGACUUGCUGCUGUUGUCACACACGCACGACUUCCCUAUAUUUCUUAAAACGAAAAUCGCCUUUGUGGGGUCGUUCUUCUGAGCAGAAGUGGGGGUCUUGAUUUUACCAUUGUAAAUACUACUACUGACAGAGGAUUUGGUCCAUGAUGCGUUUCCAAGACGUGCUCGAGGUUGGUGUCUUUGUGAAACGAUAGCAAGCGGGAGCUUAAUAUAACCUCAAGUGGCCAAAGACUGUCUCGUGGGUGCUACGCCCUUCGAAAAAGACUCCUCCCUGUUUAUCGUUUGCGUACCUGCUGCUUUUUUUUUUCUUUCAUUUUUUCAACAAAAUUACAAUAUUUGUGGAGGUUUUGUCUUGGGAACUGCCAGAACUGUGCACCACGUUCUGCCACGUGAAUUGUGGUGGACUGUGUUCAGCACCUGUUGAACUUAAUGGUUCAUCGGCACACGUCUAGUUCAGUUGUUUCGGAGGCUCUAUUACGCCGCACAAGCGGUACUGAUAAUUCUCGGUUGCCAUUGUGUGGGCCGCCGUCUUCAAAGUGAUGUGAACAUGUUUUAGGUUAAGGUGAAUGCUGCUCAGGUAUAGUUUGAUUGCGUGAACUCUGUCGAAUCGUGUACGUCGUUUUGAGCCUUUCGUUGUGGCCAGAAACUUAGAAAAGUGGGCGAACAUGUUUUUAUGGAAUCAAAAGCAAGUGUGAUGCUACGAGCGACGGUGUACAUAGCUGAGUGCGUGCGUGAUUUCGAGUGUUCAAGUCGCAGCGAUGCGAUUGUGGUGAUACGUCGACUGGUGAUGAACCCUUCUAGAUUUCUCGAGGACCAAGGACUCGUCCCGUUUAGGUGUACAGAUAGUGUCUAUUUAGUAGCUUGUUUUCUUGGACUCUUUUUGUUAUAAUUUUUUGUACAAAGAUGUGACUAAAGUGAUCAAAAUAGAAUUUCAUUUCUUACGUUGUGUUGUGCAGAACUACGUUGUACAAUAGGAGGUAUUGAGUGUACUUAUUAUUUUUUUAAUAAAGUACAGAUCUGUUGUGGGCAUUUGCAAUGUGAAA